GCUCUCUCAUUGACGUUUUGUACGAAAGCGAAAAAUGCCUGAUCCUGCGAAAUCAGCCCCUGCGCCUAAGAAGGGCUCCAAAAAGGCCGUGACCAAAACCCAGAAGAAAGGAGAUAAAAAGCGUCGCAAGACCAGAAAAGAAAGCUACGCCAUUUACGUGUAUAAGGUGCUGAAGCAGGUGCAUCCAGACACGGGGAUCUCCUCCAAGGCCAUGGGCAUCAUGAACUCGUUUGUCAACGACAUCUUUGAGCGCAUCGCCGGAGAAGCGUCUCGGCUGGCGCACUACAACAAGCGCUCCACCAUCACCUCCAGAGAGAUCCAGACCGCUGUCCGCCUGCUGCUGCCCGGUGAGCUGGCCAAACACGCCGUGUCUGAGGGCACCAAGGCCGUCACCAAGUACACCAGCUCCAAAUAGAGGCAGACAGAGGCUUGGCACAGGGGGAGCAACAGUCACUAAAUCACCACCACCACACCCCCCCCCUCCACUGUGUCGGCUGUUUGUGUUUUUGCACCA